UCUGUCUGUAUUAGAAUCUCCGGCGGUAUUCGGCGGCCAUCCGUGGCUGUAGGCGGAGAUUUAUCUCCUGAGAAUGGAAGAGUACUUGCAGCUUUUCGUUAACGAAACCAACUUUUUCAAUCGCAUUGUGCUGGGAAGCCUUCUGCCUGACAAUCUUUGGAAGCCCCUUCCUCACUUUCUCCAGUCCUGGAUUCGGAAUUACAUUGGUGGAACUUUAGUUUAUUUUGUCUCCGGGUUUCUCUGGUGUUUCUACAUUUAUUAUUUGAAACGAAACGUUUAUAUUCCGAAAGAUGCCAUACCUUCAACAAAGGCCAUGCUUUUGCAAAUAAUUGUUUCAAUGAAGGCCAUGCCCUGGUACUGUGCUCUUCCAACAGUUUCAGAGUACAUGGUUGAAAGUGGCUGGACAAGGUGUUUUUCUAGAAUAAGUGACAUUGGUUGGCAGGCCUACCUUGUCUACUUGGUGAUUUAUUUUGUAUUUGUUGAGUUUGGGAUUUAUUGGAUGCACAGAGAGUUGCAUGACAUAAAACCUUUGUACAAAUAUCUUCAUACGACACAUCACAUUUACAACAAGCAAAACACGCUUUCUCCAUUUGCUGGUCUGGCAUUCCAUCCACUGGACGGGAUAUUACAGGCACUACCGCAUGUGAUAGCACUCUUCAUAAUUCCAACCCAUUUCAUGACUCACAUUGUUCUCUUAUUUAUUGAAGCUCUAUGGACAACUAACAUUCAUGACUGCAUCCAUGGCAAGGUAUGGCUUGUCAUGGGUGCUGGCUACCACACAAUUCACCACACUACGUACCGUCAUAACUAUGGCCACUACACGAUAUUGAUGGAUUGGAUGUUCGGUACUCUUUGUGACCCGAUCGCGGACUCACCAAAGAAGGUGAUGUAAUAGACUUGCCUACCAUGGAGGGUUUUUUUUCAGCCACCCUCUCUUUGGCUGUGUGUUGUUGUUUAGUAUGCUUUGGU